AUGGAGCAUCCUGAAGAUAAAUUUUACGACGAAAUUGUAUCUAGACUUCCCCCGGGCUACAGAUUUGUUCCCGAAGACGAGGAGUUGAUCGAGAAGUUCUUGAAGGUAAUAAUCAAAAACCCAGAACGCGGGAGAGUUCAGGGAAUUUUUAUUGUGAAUCUCUAUGCCUCACCUCCUGAUGAACUCACUGCUGCACACAAGCCGCAAUGCGAGGACACCUGGUACUUCUUUACGAAACGGACCCGAAAGUAUGCAAACGGAAGUCGCCCUGCUCGUGCUGCUGGUCGUGGCUAUUGGAAGCAAACAAACGUUAUCGAUCAUAUUUUUGGAGUGGAUGAAGAAAAAAAGCCUGCUGAAAUUGGUCGAAAAAUCACUCUUGAUUAUUGGUGUAAGAAGGAUAAAGUCGAUUGGCGCACUGAUUGGAAAAUGAAUGAGUACAGACUGUAUGGUCCGAAAUCUCCAGAUGAACAAUGCAGCAAUGCUGCAACUUCUAAGGAGUUUGAUGAGUGGAGCUUAUGCAGAAUAUACAAAAGCAGAGGUUCGAAACAAAAGAACAAGGGUAAACAACUUGUUCUCCAGGUGGAAGCGGAAUCAAGCUCAGGUACGCAGCCAAUUGCGCCUCAAGAACAUAAUGAACAUUUUGCAGGUGAAGCAGAUGGCAAUUUUACAGAGCAAAGCGCAGCAGCAGCUUCCAAUAACCAACUGUCCAUUCCGCGGGAGCAAUAUAAUGGACUCUUUCCGGGACAGUUUGCAGGUGGCAAUUCUACAGGGCAAAGCACAGCAGCAGCUUCCAGUAACCAACUGUCCAUUCCGCGGGAGCAAUAUAAUGGACUCUAUCCGGGACAUUUUGCAGGUGGCAAUUUUACGGGGCAAAGCACAACAGCAGCUUCCAAUAACCAACUGUCCAAUCCGCGAGAGCAAUAUAAUGGACUCUAUCCGGGAGGACCUGGUCCAAGCUCUGUUCUGCAAUUCAACAACAGUGGUGCAUUCCCGAAUCACUCAAAUUAUAUGGCGAAUGUUGCCAGUGGUUCGAUGAAUGGGAUGCACUAUACUUCUGAUGAUCUGCUGCCUGAAAAUCAGUAUACUUAUUUUAUGUACGAGAAUGCUGCUUAUGUUCAGCCCUUAAGGAGUUUACCUCCCAACUGCAUACCUACGUGGCCUCCCUCGGAUAUCAACCAAAGUUCUUCAAGCAUUCCGGACCAGGUUACAAGUGAGGAGGAGUUUGAUAUUUAUUUUAAUGAUCUGGAUUUCAUCACAUAUGAUGAUUUGAAAAAAGAUCUCUGA